CUAAGACAGGCAGAUAUCUCUGAACAAGAGCACAAUGAAUACACGCCAUGGGUUAACUCUACUUUAGUUACAAGAAAGCCAAAUGGCACAAUUCGCCUUUGCCUGGACCCGCGCGACCUGAACAAAGCAAUUCAAUGCACCCCCUUCUAUGUGAAAACCAUAGAUGAUGUCAUAGUCCCAAAGUCAGCAGUGCCUCCCAUUUUAGCAUCCUCAACACGCGGAGUGUGGGUUCUGGCAAGUAAAACUUGAAGAUGACAGCAACAAACCCUGUACCUUCAGUACCCCAUGAGGAAAGUACCGAUGGAAAAGACUUCCAUUUGGACUUACCUACGAGAGCAUGAUCAGCACAUGCUAAGUGUCCUUGACACAGCACAGGACAAUAAUGUACAGUUCAACCCAGACAAGUUCCAGUUUAAAGUGGACCAAACAUCUUUUUUGGGGCUUAUGUGGAUCCCGGAUGGACUGAGAGCUGACAACCUCAAAAUUAAAGCCAUCACCGACAUGACUUCCCCACAGAACCUUGCUGAGUUGCAGACCUUUAUGGGAAUGGUGAACUACCUGAUUCUCCCCCAUCAUAACCUAUGCCUCGGAACCCCUACAACAAUUGAUGAAGAAAGACACACCCUUUGUAUGGCAACCAAAGCACCUCAGGGCUUUCCAGAAUGUUAAACAAAUCAUCACUGAAAAACAUGUGCUAGCCUACUAUGACCCAGAAAAGGACAAUGUGAUCCAGUCUGAUGGAAGCCUUAAAGGCAUCUGUUGCAUACUGAUGCAGGACGGCAAGCCAGUGUGCUAUGCAAGCAGAUCACUCAGUGAUAUGGAAUCCCAACACAGUAACAUUGAGAGAGAGAGCUACUUGCUGCUAGUUGGUCCAUAGACAGGUUCAACCACUAUGUUUUUGGCAGAAGAGUAGUCAUCAAAAUGAACCACAAGCCACUAGAAAGCAUAUGGAAGAAGACCAUACAGUGUACCUAGUGCAUUGCCAAGGCUCCAGAGGCUAGGCUUUUGUCGAUUGAGCUAGCAUAAUUUUAAGCAUAAUUUGGCAAAACGAGCACAAUUCUUACCUUUUUUUUAAAGAAAAGCACUGCUAGCAGCUGUCCUUCUAUGUUGUGACAAAUUGUUGUAAUUUUGUACUGAAUAUACUUCUACUUACUGAAUUGUGUUUCUAGAAAGUUUCUUGAGGUAAGACGACUUGUCAUAAUUGUCACAAGUUUAUCUCUGCAUAGACGCUGUGCACUCGUCAUGAAGUUGUUAGUGUACCACAUAAUAUUAGAUCUGGCCAAGAAACGUCUACGCCCUUACAUUAGAACCAAAAGAGCAAAUGAUUUUAUUACUUUUAAAUUUUUAGAUUAGUUUCAUUACAAUAAAUUUUUAUAUAUAUUAUAGUAUCAUUACUGUGAAUUUUAUCACUUGACAAUUCAGUCUUUAUUGCAAAGAGUGGAAUAAAUGAUGUUUGUUUGUUUGUUUGUUUGGUCGUUGUCAUGUUUCUUGGUUUCAGGCCCCAUUCGUACUCAGUAGCAAGCUGCCUGGGAUCUAAGAUCAAAGAUGGCAUCCUCCUCGCCGAGCACUUGUGUUUACCCGCUGUUCAGCCUUUAUUUCACUUAAAAACCAAGCGGCAUAAUUCAAAUGCAAGGACAGCAUAAUUUGUAAUUAAUUUUUUAAGAUACAGGUCCCUAUGGAGACCAGCCUUAGAGCUGAAUGGGCUACCCUGUGUAAAUAAAGUUUUACUUUACUUUACUUUACUUCAGAGAAAAGAGCACAAUUCCGGCAUAAUUUCCAAAAACUUUGAGCACUACCAGGAGCAUAAUAUGCUCGUUUUUCGAGCACAAUCGACAAAAGCCUACCGGAGACUUCUCCUGAAAAUGGCUAAAUACAAUGUGGAAAUGAGAUACAUCCAAGGGAAAACAAACAGUAUUGCUGAUGCCCUUUCCAGAGUCUGUUGCAUGGAACCUCCUGAAGAAGACCAAGGUGUAACCCUUCUUGAAGUCAAUGCGAUUACAAACACCCUGCCUGCUUGCCCAGCUAAAUUAGAUGAAAUGUGAAACCAAACAAGCCAGGACAGCCAGCUAUCUGAAAGAUGUCAUUCCCCAAGGGUGGCCUGAGUAUCCAAACGAAUGCCCUUCAGACCAAAAGAAUUCUGGAAUUUCAGAGAAGACCUUUCUGUCAAAAAAAAGGUUUUAUCCUAAAGGGACACCGGCCUCUGACCCUGAGUGACCUGCACACCCAGAUGCUGCAAAUCAUCCUCCAAGGCCACCUUGGUGUAGAAAAGUGUCAGUUGAAAGCUAGAGACUGUAUCUUUUGGCUGCGCAUCUCAAAAGAUAUUAUGAACAUGACUGCUAACUGCCCCACCUACAUACAGUUCUUGAAACAUUAG